CAUUAUCAGUUGAUUUCAGACAGAUAAAGAAACCAUUUUUACGCUCUCUCUGAUCUUCCAUUUUUCUUCUCUCUCUUCCUCAACCACUGCCCCACUUUUUCUUUCAUCAAAAUGGCUGUAGCCAUGGCUGCUUGUAGUCUUGGACUUCACUUGAGUGCUGAUAACACCUUCAGAGCUUUCGAAAAAACCACUGUCUUCAAGGGCUCCUCUGCUGCUGAUGCUACCAAACUAUGUUACAUUACUCACAAAACAAGAUUAUCAUCUUCAGGAAUAACAAUCAUCCCACGAGCAUCAACAGUUACUGGUACUGUGGAGGAUGGGAAUCAAGGAGAGACUGAUACCAUUCCAACUCCGAUAGUUAUAAUUGAUCAAGACUCUGAUCCAGAUGCAACGGUGGUUGAGAUAACCUUUGGUGAUCGCCUUGGUGCUCUUCUUGACACUAUGAAUGCGUUGAAAAACUUGGGGCUGAAUGUUGUUAAGGCAAAUGUGUUUUUGGAUUCUUCUGGCAAGCACAACAAGUUUUCCAUCACAAAAGCUGAUUCUGGUAGAAAAGUGGAAGAUCCGGAGUUAUUAGAGGCAAUCCGUUUGACAAUUUUAAAUAAAAUGAUUCAGUAUCACCCGGAAUCAAGCGCCCAAUUAGCUCUGGGAGCAGCUUUUGGACUUGUGGCUCCAUCGGAGCAGGUUGAUGUAGAGAUAGCAACCCACAUAACCAUAUCCGAUGAUGGCCCAGAUAGAAGUUUGCUGUAUGUGGAGACAGCAGAUCGACCUGGAUUACUGGUGGAUCUUGUAAAGAUUAUUACUGACAUUAACAUUGCUGUUGAAUCUGGAGAAUUUGACACUGAGGGACUCUUGGCUAAGGCAAAGUUUCAUGUGAACUACAAGGAUAAAGCUCUAAUCAAGCCUCUCCAGCAGGUUCUUGUUAACAGUUUGAGAUAUUUCUUGAGGCGACCUUCGACUGAAGAAUCUAGUUUUUGAGUGCCAAUUAUCACAACUUUCAACAACAACUGCAACACAUCCUCUGCAAUAUAAUUGCACCAUGUAUUCUUCUCCAUUUAUACUGCUUUUACUAAUAAAAUUUGAUAAAACUGUGAAUCAUUGUAAAGUCAACGUUGCCAAUUUCUUAUUUUAAACUCGUUUCUGAA